AAAACCUGCUCUGCAACAUUAGAUUGUGGUCUCAGAUAUCAGCUGCCAGUCGUAACAGGCCUGGGUGCCGCUAUGCCAAUGUAUACCCGUGAGUCACCUUAACGACUACGCUUGACAAUGAGACGUAACGUUAGCCAAGUCAUCGGGUAUACACUGGAACAAUGCUUGUCGCCUCGUGUUCAUAACGCUCUAUUUGCCCCGUCUCUGCCAUUGCGGUACACAAAAGGUAGAAAUGACACGAUUGACAGCUUUGAUGGUAGGAAAAGGUGGCUACACGGCACUGCAACCUUGGCUCAAAAGCCCAGAGGCGUUCAGUUGAGUUCGGAGCGUUUUCCUCAGCUGAAGAGGGGGGAUUUUGCGAGGGUGACAGACAGCGACCUGCAGGUUUUUGAGCGGCUGGUCCCGUCACGAGUGCUGACCGAUCUGGAGGACAUUGAGGGGCAUAACGUGGACUGGUCCGGAACCUGCAGAGGCGAUGGCCAGGUACUUCUCCGUCCCAAGACGACAGAAGAAGUGUCGGCCGUCCUGCGGUACUGUAGCGGGCGGAGACUGGCUGUGGUGCCGCAGGGCGGGAACACGGGCCUGGUGGGCGGCAGCGUGCCGGUGUUCGACGAAGUCAUCAUCUCACUCUCCCUCAUGGACAACAUCAUCAGUCUGGACGAAAUCUCAGGUGUACUUGUAUGCCAGGCCGGCUGUGUUGUAGAUAAAAUUAACGGCGCCCUGGAGCCACAUGGUUUGAUGACGCCGCACAUUCUGGGGUCAAAGGGCAGCUGCCAAAUCGGCGGCAACAUCUCCACUAAUGCAGGAGGUCUGCGCAUGCUCAGAUAUGGCAAUCUCCAUGGCAACGUCCUUGGGGUUGAAGCCGUGCUGGCGAAUGGAGAUGUAGUCGACUGCAUGUCUACCCUGAGGAAGGACAACACUGGGUACGACCUGAAGCAGCUGUUUAUUGGUUCAGAGGGAUCGCUCGGAGUCGUGACCGCUGCAUCACUUCUCUGUCCCAGGGUACCUGCUGCCGUCAGCGUCGCUCUGUUGGGGUGUGACUCGUUUGCCCAAGUUCUGCAAACGUACAAUGCUGCUAAGAGAAUGCUACAGGAGAUCCUAUCUGCAGUAGAGUUCAUGGACCGAGCCAGUAUGGAGGUGGUACAGGAGAACCUCCACCUGACAUGUCCCCUGGGAACUCACAGCUAUUACCUACUGGUAGAGACGUCAGGCUCAAACGCCGCUCACGACGAAGAGAAGCUGAACAGCCUGCUGGGACAUGUGAUGGAGAAGGGGAUUGUGGAUGACGGCACUGUCGCAACGGAACCUUCCAAAGUCCAGACUCUAUGGGCGUUAAGGGAAAACGUGGCGGUGGCUCUGCGAGCGGACGGCUGUGUCUACAAGUACGACGUCACGGUUCCCAUGUCCAGGUUCUACGACCUCGUAGCGGACACCAGAAAGCGGAUGGGGACAGAUGUGACCAGGGUGGUCGGUUACAGACACCUCGGGGAGAGCGACAUUCAUCUGAACGUCACAUGCCCGCAGAACAGUGAGGACGUCUUUGGUGCCCUAGAGCCGUGGGUCUAUGACUGGGUCGCCAAGUAUAAGGGAAGCGUGAGCGCUGAACACGGGAUGGGGAUACUGAAACGAGACUACCUCUAUCACAGUAACACUGGAUCAGCUGUACUUCUCAUGAAACAACUUAAGAAACUGAUGGAUCCAAAAGGAAUCUUGAAUCCUUACAAGGUCUUCCCAGACUAACUACUUCAACUUUAUUUUUGUAUACUCUACUGAUGAUUCAAUAAAG